CCAAUAUUCUAUCUAACUCGCUGUGAGGUGCACUCGAGGUGCACUCGAACUGCAGUGGCUUGAGAGUGGGUGUCGAAUCGAAUCGUGCGAAUAGCACUGUUGGCGGCCUUCCCCACACGGUCCGAUGCUGGCGAAUGGCAAGGCUGGAGCCUCAGCCACAGUACAGGAAUUACCAGAAGUGGGAUUGGCCACCCGCGAGCCACGACUCGUCAUGGUGCCGCCCACCUCCGACCGGUACCUGCACUUCCCGCCCGUAUCCGUAACCCCCAUUAUCCAUAAUCCAUCCAAUUCAUUGCCGCUCCCCGUUUAAAAAAUCCCGAUAAAACACCAUCCUCCAUCUUUCCUUGUCAUGGAAAAGAGAUCAACACAGAGCCUUUCCACAUACGCUGCCAAGGUCCGUUGGAGUCCGUCCUGGUGAGUGAGGCCUGUGGAAAAUCGCUGAAAGAUCAAGGGUCAUGGUGAGGCGGAGACCGAUCGAUGUGGGGAUCCCAUUUGGGGCGGAGGGAUCCGAACCUGGCCCUGAUUGGUCGUGGCCGCAAACUGGACGCGCGUUCUCUGUCCAAGACGCCUCCCUCUCCAUGUGCUCCCCCUCCACUUCUCUCGUGGGCCGUCGCUGUUUCCACGCAGCGAGAUACGUCUGCUCGUUGCCUGCACCCCUCUCCGGGCACUCCCAACAGCUCAAUCCUCGACCUUUUGAUUACGUCGGUCUUGCGAGUGGCCAGUAAGGCGGGCAAAUGCUGUGCUCAGAUCUGAAAUGAGAAAAGGGUGAUCGGCCCGUGGCCACGAGCAGUCGUCAGGAAGAGGUACCUAAAUGACACAUGCCAUCUGCGCCCUCAGUGCAUGUAUCCGUACAGAAUACUUGCAGGACAUUCUUGGGAACGGCCGCGCAACCCUCCAGCCAGUGUGUGGUUAGGGGACGCCGAGACGGGCGCACGCCAUUACACACGCCUGCGUCGGCUCCUCCCCACCCCUCCCCACCC